AUGACAUUUGCUAACAUAGUGUUAGAUGUUUACUUGAAUUUAGUUGAAACUCAGAAAAGUAUAAGUUCGUCGUUUAUAUACAAGAGAUCAACAACAACUCCUUGGUUCUCCUCGAGAUACACCUUCAACAAAGAUGCUGCAACUUUCACGCUGCCAAUAAAUUUAGAGGCUCUGCGGGGUCUGACGCCCCUUGAGUACAUCACGGACUAUCUGAAAAUCGUUCCUCGUCGUCAGCGUCUUUACAAGAAACUCUGGGACCUUCGAAUAUCAAAACAUCGACGAUCAAAGAGAAAAGACGAGGAUGACUUCGACCCCGAUAGACUCAAUCUUGAGGAACUGGCAGCCGCGUUCUUUGACUUUUGGAGAGGCGCUGUGUCGGCAGAUAGUUUCACGAGAAUGGGCGAGACCCUCAAUUUCCAAGGAUUGGAAGAAUUUGACGAGAAGCAAUUUUACAGCGUGACUGCAUUCUGCGAACGCUUCAUGGCAAACGAAGACAAGAAGAAAGGACUGCAAUUCAAAAAGACGGUGAAAGACCAAGAACGAGCCGACUUCAGUAGUUUCGGAAAAUUCGAAAGAUUUAAAAUCUCCAAAGAAAUGUUUUGCCUGUUCUCCUGCGUCAAGCAAUUUAACUCUUAG